CUGGUCUGUAAACACGCGGGGGAGCCCACGCUGCCUGGCGACUGGGGCCACUGAAUGUGAGAUCGUGCCCUGCUUGUCACCAGUGCACACGCUGAUUUGAACCCUGCUUGGACGUGCAUGUCAUGGCUUAAAAAUAGAUGCUAAUCUGUCCUCCGGUCUCGGGCGGUGGCAGCGGCAGUGGGGAGGCGGCGGCGGCGGGAGAGUCAUGGCAGUGGCGCAGCCUGCGCCUGCAAUCCGCCUUGGGGACUGAGGCCCCGCGCACCGCUAGCAAAGAGAGCCAAAGAGCUGAGCGAACCGGUUUGAAGAAAAAGCCAAACCUGGAGGCCUAGCAGGGCCAGAGUUACCGUCUCUCCCUGAGAAUCUUCUCUGCCAGGCCCAACCCCACUGGCAGGAAGGGGAGCAACUAGUCUGCCUCACGCCCUUCCUCUUCCAGCAAAAGCUACCUGGCGACUGACCCCACCAUCACUGCAGCCACCCCUGCAGCUGCCACGGUUUCUGCCACCUCUAAGAUGUGCCCUGGUAACUGGCUCUGGGCGUCCAUGACGUUUAUGGCCCGCUUCUCCAGGAGCAGCUCAAGGUCUCCUAUUCGCACUCGAGGGAGCCUGGAGGAGAUGCCAGCCGUUCAACACCCUUUCCUCAACGUGUUCGAGUUGGAGCGGCUCCUCUACACAGGCAAGACAGCCUGUAACCAUGCCGAUGAGGUCUGGCCAGGCCUCUACCUCGGAGACCAGGACAUGGCUAACAACCGCCGAGAGCUUCAUCGCCUGGGCAUCACCCACGUCCUCAAUGCAUCCCACAGCAGGUGGCGAGGCCCACCCGAGGCCUACCAAGCCCUGGGCAUCCGCUACCUGGGAGUGGAGGCCCAUGACUCGCCAGCCUUCGACAUGAGCAUCCACUUCCAAACAGCUGCCGACUUCAUCCAUCGGGCUCUGAGCCAGCCAGGAGGGAAGAUCCUGGUGCACUGUGCGGUGGGAGUGAGCCGAUCCGCCACGCUAGUGCUGGCCUACCUAAUGCUGUACCACCGCCUCACCCUCGUGGAGGCCAUCAAGAAAGUCAAGGACCACCGCGGUAUCAUUCCCAACCGAGGCUUCCUGCGGCAGCUCCUGGCCCUGGACCGCAGGCUGCGGCAGGGUCUGGAGGCGUGAGGGGGGGACGGGAGGGCAGCCAGGCCGGGGUGGGGGGGUAAGUGGGGGCCGCUGGCUCCCAGCAGGAGCCUGGGAACCCAUCCUCCCCUGGAAGCAGGACUGAGGGGCCGAGCCCCAGGCCACUCAGUGGGAGAGGCCGGGAGUGAAGUGGGCGGGCGACCUGGUGCGGCUGGCCGGGAUGGAGGCCGCCCCGCGGUCGGUGGAAGACGCUCCUGGGAUUCGGACGCCGCCGGGUUCCAGCCAGGGUGUUGCCAGCGCUCUGCAGCCCCCUCCCCUCUUUGUGCCUAAGUGCCCCCCCCACCACGUACCAAAACGAAAGGGCCAUCUGUGUCCUGCGGGAGUGCAGAAGCAUGAAUGCGAUGGUGUAGUUGCGUGAAGCCGGUAGCGUAGACAGACGGCGAAGACAGGAUGUGAAAACCGCGAAGCCGGAGGCAGAAGCGCACAGCCCCGUCGCUCGGAGCGCUGGAAGGGGAGGCGGGUGCUGCUGGCGCUGCGCCUGCGGCUGCUGCUCGGGGCCGCCACCUUCACGGUGAUGCGUGACUGGCGCUCUGCAGAUGGUCACUCGCUUAUCGGAUCCGGGUGUCUCGAGGAGAAAUAAAGAUUGUGGGAAAGGA